AUGGACGCCGUCCAGCGCUUCUUCUCAUCCCCCCGCUUCGCCGUCGCUGGUGCCAGCAACGACGCCAACAAGUUUGGCUACAAGCUCCUCGCUUGGUAUCACCAACACUCUCUCCCAGUGACUCCCCUCAACCCGCGAGCAGCGGCCAUCCAACUGCCUACUCGUGCCUACGAGACGGUAGCAUCACCUCGGCAGUUACCGGCGCCCACGCAGACGUCGUUGUCGGUCGUGACACCACCAGCUGUGACGCUGCCGUUGUUGCAGGAGGCCCAUUCGGUGGGAAUCCCUGCCGUCUGGCUGCAGCCGGGGACCUUCGAUGCAGCGGUGGAGGAGUUUGCGCGGACGCACUUUGCGGCGGUGGUGGCGGGCGAUGGAGGACGAGGAGGAGAGGGAUGUCGCUAUCGGGAUCUCCCUCGUCCCUUCGAUGCCAGUGUGGAAUCCCUAUCUGACGCCAGCAGCAUCCGUCGCAAACGCAGUCGUCGAGAUCCUUCUCUACUGAUUCCUCCCGGUUCGGAUGAAAAGGUCGACUUCCCCGUCUAUGACGAUGAUCACGAUGACGGCUCACCUUCCCGGCAGCUAGCUCCCGUACGCUGGAGUCGUGCCGUUCUUGGCGUGGUCGGCAAGGUCUGGGAAUUCUGCUGGUCGGGUGCCUUCCGUGGCUUCUACGCUGGCGGAGGACCAGGAUAUGUCAUGACAGUGGAACAGGGUAGCUCCCCGACCGAGAAGAAACCGAAUCCCCUUCGUCGGGGCAGAGAAUCUACCCCCGUUCCUGGAGAUUAUCCCGAGGACGGGACUGGAGAGGAAGCAAUCCGCCAGAACUGGGUCAUGGUAUCGUCGCGGGAUACAGCAUACGACGACGAAGCAAGUGGCUCCUCCGCUCGUGCUCGUGCUCGACGCGUUCAUCGUCGAACGACCUCGGGGCUGUCGCGACGUCGACUCCCCUCGAACAGGAAGCUCGUGUCGUCGACUGUACCUUCCUCCAUGACAACCAAAUCCCAAUUCUCAUCACCGGCCAAGCCGCGCGAGACUCCCGUGUCGGUGGAAACGCAGCGCUACAUGGCCCAGAAGCGACGGAUGGAGCGCGAGGAGGAUGCCAGUCUGCGACGGUUGAAUCGGCAACUGCAGGCGAUGAUCAAAGAGGGCAAACAGGCUCUGGGGACCCAAGUGGAAGUGGAUGAUUUUAUGGAAGAAUGA